GCUUUAUUUUAUUAAUUUUUUUUAUAGGCUACGUUUUUUUAUUCUCAUGGAAUAGUAACGUAGAUGGCGCCUCUAUAGAAGCUGUUUCCCAUCUGGCUUCGUCAGUACAACCGGAAACAGCCCAGAACCUAACAACAAAAAAUGAUACUAACUCGUUUAAUGGAUCAACAACGAACUCAACAACACUUAAUUUGUUGCAAAAUGAAAAUAACACCACCUUAAGAAGAAACAGUUCAAAGGUAGAAGCAGCAACAGAAGCUGCAUCUCGUACUGAUUCUGAAAUCCAUAAUGCUACUGUUACCAUUAGUAAAAAUGCUACCAACAUAAUUGCUAAUCAAGAUGUCUUAAACAAAUUUAGAUUAAAGACUGAAGGAGAUUCUAAAAAUCGGGUCGUAGAAAAUAUAACUUCUCUCACAAAUGAAACAAAUUUGGAAAAUAAUCCAAAAGUAAGUCGUUCCAGUGAUGAAAACCUAUCAGCACCAUCACCGACCUCUAAAGAGUCUGUACUUGAUCACUCAGGAAGAAAUAUAUCAAACGAAGAAAACUUAGUGGAUAGCCGUUCAGGAAAACCUAUAUCCAAAAGUGGAUUUGAUAGGAUAGACAGCAGCAGAUCAAUUGACAUCAAAAAAUAUAUUUCGUCAGAAUUCCAUAAUAAAAAUAAUGUCUACAAACUACCACUCUCUGAAGAAACGCAAAGGUUUCUGUCAUUCGAAUCAGAACAUCCUAGCAAAGACUCGGAUAGUUACGAAAGUACCGAAGCCACAGUGACAACAACAUUGUCUGGAUCAUCCAGUGACUCCAAAGAUCAUUUGAAUGAUUCCGAUUCCGCGAGUGCGAGCAUCCGAAACCCCGAUCAUUCCCUCGACGACUUCUUUGACAGACCCACAAACUCGACGAAACGGAAAAUCGAAAUCACAAAAGUUAAAAACGUACAUCACAAUGACACGGAAGACGAGAACGGAAUAUAUUCCAGAAAGGUUUCAAUAGAGAGAACAAGCGUGAACUAUCACAUGACGUUCAAUGACACCGAAAUAUUGGACGACGAUGAUCAUGAUUCCAAAGAAGAAAAAGAUUCAUCAAGCAACAGCGAAAACAGCAACUCAAUUAAAACCGGUGAAUCGGACGAGAAACAAGAUACUGGCGACGAAAACAAUUCCAAAGAGGUUGAAUCGGAAGUUGUACAGAACAUUACGACUAAAUCAACAAUACCGUAUGAUCUUCCACCCAAGCAAGCAGUGCUUAACAAAAACGAAUCCCGCACAACAGUCCUCACCAACAGCAUAGUAGAAUCUAAACUUAAAAAUAUUAAAAAGGACCCGUUUAUCCCAACGUAUUCCCCAACGAGUGAAGAUGAACCGAACAAAGAACGCAUUGAUCAGUAUCUUCUUACUGACACCAACAAACCAAUUCUUAUCGAAAAGAGAGGUAGAAUCAUAGGAAAUUCAAACAAUACCAGAAGUGCAAGCAGUGAAAGUACCACAAGAAAUUCAUCCAACAAAAUAGACAAAGUAAAUGAAAAUGAAAACGUUAUCUCUUAUUUAGGAUCGACCACAACAAAACCACUGCAAAACAUCAAAACGAAUAGUGAUAUGAACGAAACAGAAACCAAUCACUUUAUUUCAAAGUACAAGAAGGAUUUGGUUACAGAACCAGUAACUAAUAAUUAUAUAAACAGCGAUCUUGAUUCUGGCAAAACAACUACCACAAAAAUUGGCGUUACUGCAACUCCUGUUAAUGCUACUGUAGAAAAUAACAGAGUCGAUAUUAAAACUCAUAAUUUGAUAACGAUAACCACAGGAAAUGCAACUACUACUUUACCAUUAAACCACCCUACAUCAACAGAAUCACCUCCUGUUACUGUCAACGAUACGAACGAUAGGAAUUAUGAAACCACCUCCAUGAUAUCGACAACUACACUGGAACCAGAAGUUACAUCUACAGAAAUAACUACAGUUUCGGACAGGAGUACAUUUGAACAAUCUGAAGAACAAUGGUCAUCAUCGACGUUAACCACAACCGUUGAUGAUGGGAUAUUUAGCUACACAACUGCAGAUACUGAUACACCCAGCACCACUGCUACCAGCGAAGACACCACGAUUAUUACCAAUGGAAGUACAACCAUUCUUACAUCGACACCCAAUGUAGACAUUCGUAGCUCUUCUGAAAUAGACGAAGCGACGGUUUCGUACACCACACAAAUUUCCGUUUCUUCGUCAUUUUCUGUAUCGGCUGGCAAAAAAGUAAACGUUACAUUAAGCAAGGAAACCCUUGAAGACGUGGAUGGUAGCAAAGAUGAGAUUGAAAGUAAGGAAGUCAUCGAUGACGAUGAUGACGAUAUCUAUGACGCUCCAACCACCGUUUCUUCAUCAAACGAUUUGUUCAGCAUCGAUAAAGAUCAUGUUGGCAACGACACAUGGGCCAAAUAUGAAAAUAACACAGAAGAGCGUGCUGUAAGGCAUAAUUCUACAUCAACUCUGCCAACUACUAUAGAAAUAUUACAUGUGGCUUCUGUUGGUUCUCAUCAGACGACCUACACCCCGGAAACGUUCCAACCAGACCAUAGCUAUCAAACACCACAGUUGAUAGAGAACGGUGCUAGGAACGUAGGGGCUUUUACUGAAAUUGAAGAACCUUUCGAAGCAACAACUAUCGCAGGAAGCCAUGAAAUGGGCUCGAAUAUGGACGGAAAUGGCGCCACUAUUGCUGCAAUUGUCAUCUCUUGCAUUGGUGCAGUUUGUCUCUUACUUUUGGCAGGAUUGUUGAUAAUUAUUAAAAGAAGACACAAACGUUUUAACUAUGGACAGAGGUGUACUCCUGUCAGUUUAGAUGCGUACAGUGUGGACAACGUCUCUGUGUACAAUAGCGUUAGCAGAAGAAAAGGUAUUGCUCGAGCCAGUAAGCGAUCUUAUGGAAACCCUGCUUUUGAUGACUCGGUAUGUUAAAUUUUGUCAAAGUAUGAC